CCACAGAGGAACCAGCAUGGUGGAGUUUGCGCCCUGGUCCGUGCCAUGGGAGCGCAGGCUGCAGACUCUCUCCGUCCUACAAUGGGUCUUCUGCUUCUUGGCCUUGGCUCAGACCUGCAUUAUAGUCUUCAUAGGCCUCCUGUUCACCAGAUUCUGGUUCCUAAGUGUCCUGUAUGCAACUUGGUGGUACCUGGACCGAGACACGCCAUGGAAGGGCGGCAGGCGCGCCGAGGUCCUGAGACGCAGCGUCGUGUGGAAGUACAUGAAGGACUAUUUCCCCAUCUCGCUGGUCAAGACUGCUGAGCUGGACCCCUCCCGGAACUACCUUGCGGCCAUCCACCCCCACGGGGUCCUGGCCGCCGGGGUCUUUGUCAACAUGUGCACCGAGAGCACUGGCUUCUCCCAGCUCUUCCCCGGCAUCCGCCCCCACCUGAUGAUGCUGAACCUGUGGUUCCGGGCCCCCUUCUUCCGGGAUUACCUCAUGUGUGGGGGGCUGGUGACAUCGGACAAGGAGUGCGCUGCUCACAUUCUGAACAGGAAGGGCGGGGGCAACCUGCUGGGCAUCAUUAUCGGGGGUGCCCAGGAGGCCCUGAACGCCAGGCCUGGGGCCUACAAGCUGCUGCUGCGGAACCGCAAGGGCUUCGUCAGGCUGGCCCUGACGCACGGGGUGCCUCUGGUGCCCGUCUUCUCCUUUGGGGAGAACGAACUCUUUGACCAAGUUGAGAACUUGCCUGGCUCCUGGUUGCGCUGGAUCCAGAACCGGCUGCAGAAGAUCAUGGGUAUUUCCCUCCCGCUCUUCCACGGCCGUGGCGUCUUCCAGUACAGCUUCGGCCUUUUACCCUACCGCCGGCCCAUCACCACCGUGGUGGGGAAGCCCAUCGAGGUGCAGCAGAGACCACACCCCUCGCAGGAGGAGGUGGACCAACUGCACCAGCACUACAUCGACGAGCUGUGCAGCCUCUUUGAAGCCCACAAGCUCAAGUACAACGUCCCCGAGGACCAGCACUUGGAGUUCUGCUGAGCGCCUCCCCAGAGGAAGGGGCUGCCCCAAAGGGCAGUGCUGGCAUUAGGGAGCCCAUGGGUGGCGCUGUGAUCUGAGAAGGUUUCCUGGAAGCUUCUGUUGAACAUUAUCUCCAGAGUCUUCCAAGCCUCCUGCAAAUCCAGUCCCAAGUCACAGCUGACAAUGUGGGAGGGGCGACCAGACUCACGCUGGGGCACCCGUGCAGGUCCCCAUCUCCUCGGUCUGCUCGUCCGGGAAAUGGGAGAGAGGGCUGCAAUGUCACUCAUCGGACAAAGAAAAGAGAGCAGCAACUGAAGACCAGGUUUUUCUUCCUCUACCUUGAAUGACAGAGAAAAAGAAGCCACCAGCUCCAGCCCCUUCUACUAGCUCCCUCGUCCCGCACCCUGGACGUCCCAGCUCCUCCCUCCCCAGCGGGGUAAGGAGAACCGCACCGUGUCACUGGCAGGCCUUUCCCCCUCCCUCUGAGCCUCAGUUUCCCUGACUGAACAAGAUGGCCUGCGAGUCUCAGCUCUGACAUCACGUAGGCUGAGAGCUCCAUGAGGUGCCUCCUACUUGUCCUUUGUAACUUCAGCCCCUUCCUUAGCACAAAAAGGGGGCUCCGUGAACUUCCCAUUCAAUAAAUGAAAGGACUCUG